AUGUUUUCGUGUCUUGGCUUCCCAAAAAGUAUUAGAGCUGAUAAUGGAAGACAAUUUGUCAGUAGCGAAUUUAAAGAAUUUUGUAAUAUUCACAAUAUCAAACUUAUCCACACACCACCUUAUUGGCCGCAAGCUAAUGGAGAGGUAGAAAACAUGAGCAACUCAAUCCUCAAACGCUUGCAAAUCGCACAUGCUAAUGGGAAAGAUUACCAAGUGGAAUUACAAAAAUUCUUGUUAAUGUACAACGUUACACCCCACGGAUCAACUGGGAAGUCUCCGUCAGAGCUUUUACUGGGGAGGAACAUCAGAGAUAAAAUACCGUCCAUAACAGACUUAAUAACCACAGAAGGAGACAUGGAAGCAAAAGAUAGCGACAUUAUCGAAAAACAAAAACGGAAGGAUAGAGAAGACAAAGCAAGAGGAGCAAAAUCCAGUGACAUACAACCAGGAGACAAAGUAAUAACACAAAAUAUGACAGCCUCAAACAAAAGCAGGUUCGGGAAAGACGAAUACAAAGUGGCAGAAAGAAACGGGAAUGAACUUACGUUAGAAAGAGACGGAAGAACAUUCAAAAGACAUACGACACAUGUAAAGAAACUGCCACGUAGCCCAAAACAAAUUGAGGACUGCAACACUAGGACGGUGACGGACGCGGGGUCAUACGAAGGAGCUCAAUACGAAGAAGGUCAACUCGAAGAUAAUGAAAAUUUGGAAUUAAAGACCCAAAAGCUUAAAUUGAAAAAGGACGGAUUGUGGAGAUCGGAGCCGAUCGGCGAAGAGCGAGGCUGA